UCGCGUCGUCGGUUCUGCUCCUCAAACGCGAUAACGAUCCAUUACGUGUGUAAACAUUUGCAAUGCCCUCCCCUAACCAUUAAUAAUACAUUUAUAUGGGAGCGUCUAGUUUAUUAAAGCUUUACAAGUUUAAGCUAAUUAGCCUGUGAUACUAGGCCAACUAAGUGGAUCUGAUCAAAAGCAAUACGAGUAACUCCCAGCAUUCAAACCAGUUGCAAUUGAGAUUUCAAAACAAUAAUUAUAUAUAUGUGAUCACAAGUAUCGGACAAACGUAAAAGCCGGCUGUUGUUGGCAAUGAUAAGAUCAUAUCAUAUAAGAUCAUAUCGCCAUUCUAGCCAGACGUCCAUAUCGAGCAAGUCAUUAUCUUGAUUGCUCGAAUUUUUAAACACCCCAAGCGAAUAGCCAUUAAAUCGGAGGUAUUUUUUUAACAACUCAAACCGAUAGCCGUGGACUCGCGCCAUUGACGGAUACUGAUAAGGAUAAGAAAUGGUAACUAAACAUUUCCAUUUCUCAGUCGCCGGAGGACCGUGCUACCAAGCAGUUCAACUUUCCGAGUUCGAGAUCACUGACACCAUGAAAAUCGAGUGGGCUCCCAUUGGGGUUCCCAUGGAACGGCGUCGCCAGACGUUUGCCAUGGCCUUCCUCAUCCUCUCCUUUAUGGUACUCUCCUUUGGAUCCUAUUUCUUCGUUGCUGCCGUGCUGUACUAUGGAAGCCUUUUGUGGCGCACCAUUAUGGUCAUCUAUUUGGUCUAUGUCUAUGCGAAUCACAGGAGAACCCACUCCAUUAUGGAUGGUAAUGGCUGGAAGAUUAGCCGCAAUAAUUGGCUGUUUCGGCACUAUCGGGACUACUUUCCCGUGCAGCUGGUCAAAACCGCAGAGCUGCCGCCGAAUAAGAACUACAUUUUGGCCAGUUUUCCGCAUGGAAUUUUGGGGACCGGCAUUUCCAUCAACAUGGGUCUGGACAUCUCCAAGUGGCUGAAACUGUUCCCACAGGUGAGGCCCAAGGUAGCCACUUUGGAUCAAAACUUCCUGACGCCAAUCGUGCGUGGUCUCCUGAGAUCUUGGGGCCUGGUGUCGGUUUCCAAGGAUGCCUUAGUAUAUCUGCUAACAAAAUCAAACGAUCCCAAGCACCAGGACAAUCGGGAUGGGUUCACCUCCAAUGCGGUGGCUAUUCUGGUGGGUGGUGCCCAGGAGGCACUGGACUCGCACCCUGGCCAAUAUAUAUUGACACUGAAGAAUCGCAAGGGAUUCGUUAAAAUGGCCAUUAGAACAGGGUCUUCGAUUGUGCCCACGUUUUCCUUUGGCGAGGUGGACAUUCUGGAUCAGGUGGCCAAUCCACCGAACUCUCGGGUUCGUCGCUUCCAAGACUUUGUAAAGAGGAUUACGGGGAUAUCUCCGCUGAUACCCGUUGGCCGCGGCAUCUUUAACUACUCCUUUGGCUUUCUGCCCAACCGUCGACGCAUUGUGCAAGUUGUUGGCGCUCCCAUCGACGUGGUUCAGAGCGAUCAACCAGACGCAGCCUAUGUGGAUAAGAUACACAAACAGGUCAUUGAGGACCUGGAGAAGAUGUUCGCCAAGUACAAGGAUCAGUACAUACCGAAUUCUAAGCAGGACAAGCUGAUUAUACACUAGUCGAGAAGUUAUUGUCAUUCAAUGUGAUCAAAUGAGUGCUUUAUAAGCAUUUAAUAUAAAAAAAACCUAAUUUUAUCAGA